UAUUGAAGUAGUUGAGACUUUGCUGAACAAAAAGAAAUUCGUUCCCACUUUUAUCAGAGGAAAGGCAAUCGAAUACCAUUGCAAUAAAUGAACACAUUUAAUUCCUGAAUUUCUGACCUCGUAUGAACCGAAUCAUUCAUAUAAAGGAAUAUACAAAGGGACUCUCAAGGACAAGGAAAGGUGGUACUAACUCAUCCCGAGCCGAGGUUUUACUACUCACAGUUGUUUUCCAGUGAUUAGCCAAGUGAAAGCUUAAGAUGGUGGUUGAAAUAGCCCAGCUGUUCAGUCCACAAAGGAUAGGGGACAGCAAGACAGCUGUUAUCCUGGCCUUGUAUUUUCCUCUUGGUCUUAUCCUAGCCAUUCUAAGGCUCUUCAUUGGUUUACACGUUUUCAUCAUUGCUUGUAUUCUUCCUAUCCAAGUGCCCUUUAGAAGAGCCUUGCUAAGGACGAUGUACACUGUUCUAGGAUUCAUUGUGUACCCUUCAAAUCAACAGUAUAGAAAUCCAAAUGUAAAGGUUAUAGUAGCCAAUCACGUAUCAGUACUGGAUCAUGUGAUCAUCGGACUCAUCUUUCCUUCUGUAGUUCCUAACGUUUGGAGUCUGCCCCCAUUUCUCAACUGGGCAUUGGGAUACACCAACAUGGGGGCUGCUCAAGGGCGACAGGUGUUCUUAGAUGCGGUCAGGAAGCAUUGUCGUCAGGACACCAGACCAGUGUUAGCAUUCCCUGAGGGAGCUAUGACUAAUGGCAAGGCUGGUCUCCUCAAAUUCAGUACCUGGGCUUUUUCUUUAGAGCGUGAUAUCCAGCCAAUGACGGUGACAAUUAGUAGACCACUCCUCAACAUCAAAGCAGAGGUUUUAGGAAGCAGUUUAUGGCAAGAUCUACUCUGGUUUCUCUUUGUACCAUUCACAGUCUAUAGGAUCAAGGUAUUACCAGUAGAGGAGCGGAGUGACUUUGAGAACGCUGAUGAUUUCUCUCGAAGCGUACAAGAGAUAAUGGCUGACGAUAUGGGUUUGAUAUCCUCUCCAUUCACCAGUGCUGACAAGGCUGAAUAUGUCAAGAAACUUGGUGUCCAACAACCAAGAGAAAGGAGUACUCAGCCUCCACAGGUCAGGCAAACUAUCAAUACACCACCAAGACCAUCGGGGGAAUCCCCUAGGUCAUCUAGGGAAUCCCCAGUAGACAAGAUGAUCAAACAAGUCCAGGAAGUCAUGCCUCAUAUACCAGCACACAUCAUUAGAAAAGAUCUAGAAACCACAAGGUCAGUUGAUGCUACAAUUUUCAACAUCUUAGAGAAUAAGACAGAAAUCCCUAUACCAGCAGAAGAGGUACCUAGUUCCUCCACGGGGUCUGCCAUGCCCCUCUCUACACCCCAUACCAAUCCUCAGAGUUUACCCCAUAAUACAUUCUGUAUGACAUCACAGGAUUCACCAUCUUCAACACUAUCAACUCCAUCACCAGCAUGUACCAAGUUUGCAGCAGAUAAGUUUGGAUCUUCAUCAAGAGAAAGACAGUUGUCAUUACAGGAACGCAAAGCUGCUUUACUUGCCAAUGCUAGGAAGCGUUUCACAGAAACCUCUAAAGUAAGCAACUGAUAAAACAUUGCUCAUCAUUAAAACCUGUAUACACAUGAUAAAGGAGGUGGAUGGACACAGAUGCUUGAAAUGCUCUUCAUCAAAACAUUUUUGGAAUGUGAGAUACAUCUCUUGAGAGUGAAUGGGUUUGCAUCGCCUCAAUCGGAGAACAGUAAGGUUGUCAGAACUGAGUUGGCUACCCUUGGUAAAUUAUUGUUAUAAUCACAAUCAUAUAAUUAUUAUAAUCAUAAGUUUGUCACAAGGACAAAAUUGUUAGAACCCUACCUGAUAAAGAAAAUUCCUUACACAUAAAUGAAUGACUAAAUACAAUGAAAAUAGGAUUGUUUUCAUGCUUAUCCAAAGGGUGAACUUUAUACCUGAACCACCAUGCAAACCUUCACAGAUCAUUAGACAACAGCAUUGACUCUCUAAAAUUUUAGAUCUUUAGAACUACUUUUGUCCUGCAUCAAAAGAACUAUAAAAAAAUACCCCCAUUUUUCUCUUUAUCUAGUCAACUGUCAAUUAGAUCAGAUCAGACAGACCCAAUUGAUGAAGACUUCUUAUAUUACUGGUAUGUUGAUAUAUAUUACCUAUUGAACUAAUUCAGAGUAUUGUCAUUAACUUCAUGGUUUCAAAAGGUUUUUUUUUUUUUUUUUUUUUAUCAUCAUAUGAAUGGGUUUUUUGUAAAAGAUCAUUCUAUAGCACUGCAGCUAUAUCGAAUCGCGAAAUGCAGGCGAGACUGCCAGAGGCGCUCCACUUGUUUAUUGUUUCGUUUGAAAUAUAUUCAGCAAAAUAUACUAUUGAUUCCUUAUCAUAAUCUGAUAUAUGAAAAUUUACAUGAAACAUUUUACAUAAAAAUAUGAGUCGUAAUUAAAAAUAAAAUUGAAAGCCUCAUAUUGUAUAAAUCUCUUAGUAGUAUUUUUGAAUUGGAAAAAUUAUGAGCCCAUUUAUUACAGUUUUAAUGAACGGUUGAUUCUUGAAAUGGCCUUUUCAUUUUUGUUUUUAUAUAUUAUUUGAUAAUGGUGUAAACUUAAAAGUAAUACUUUUCAAAUUGGAUAAUCCCCAGUCUAUCUUGAAUUUUCAUAUCUUUGGAUAGUAAAAAUCUGAACAAAUGGUAAAAAACUAUAAAUUGGUUCUUAUAACGGUCAUUUUGAAUCCAUUUCUGGUGAGAAUAGAUACUUCAAAGCUUGGUUUACAAGGUCAUGCAUUUUACAAGUUACCGUACUGGUUUCAUGGUUCUUACUAAAACACAAAUCUAUCCAUAUAAGCAUAUUUGUACCUCAUCAAUGCUUGAAUUAUAAUGAAAAUUGUAUGCAUAUUCCUGGGUCCUGCUGUACACAACUUAGUGAUAGAUUGGAGGGCUAACUUUGACGUUUUAGGCAUUGCUCAUUAUGCACAAUCAAUCAUGCAAGUUAACUGUAUGAUUAAUCACAGAGAUUUGUGUAUUGGGGCUCAGGGAUGUCACGUUAAAGAACAGGAAAUACUUCAGAUUUUCAGAUAUUGAACAGUAAUUGGCAUGAGAUCGUCAGACAUGGUGUAUGAUGUAUAUUGGGAUAUUUCGCUGUGAUGAAUGCUCAAGGAAGAAAUGGGGGGGGGGGAUGAGAAAAAUCCUCUGCCUGAUGUGCGAGUCCUUUGAUCACUGCCUAUGUAUUACUUCAGGGGUUAGUUCUAAUUACCUUUUUACAAGGAAAGAUCUAAAUAUAUGUGCGCAAACGCAGACAUCGUCCGAACGGAUGUUGUUACUCUUUCUGCAUAAUUCUUGAAGUGGUCUUUUGGCCAUCAUUAAUCGAAACCAGCAAAAGCAGCUUAAUGUCAAUAUAGAAUCGAGGAAAAGCAGUUGCUGAAUAACAAGUAUGAAUUUUUGCUUGUUCCAUUAUCAUUUUCUCUUUACGUCAACUUGGACAAUGAAAAAUUAUGGUGAAAUGAAUAAGAUACACCUGGGUCUUUUAUUAAGCAUUUGUUUCCAUGAGUCAAGAAACUGGUUCAGUUUGCUAUUAGAUCAAUGUUUCAUUGGAGAUCAACCUUUUGUAUUUUCUUGAUAUGCUUUUACCACACAGUUCUUAUCAAUAGGAGCCUGUAUCAUGUAACUUGUGUUUUUUUCUGUUGUCUGAUCAUGGUAUCCCAAUGUGCUACUGCUUGUAAUACUUUGAUACAUGUAUCACUUCAAAGUCAAGUAAACAAAGAAAGUACUUUAGUAAAUACUGAAACUUAUUAAAUGUGCUAAUCUCUAAAUGUAAACUUCUUCAGGCUAAUUAUUUUGUAAAUGAAUAAAAGGCUGGCCAUUUUCAUUUGAAUUUAAUUUGUCAAAUUAUUUUUUUGUAAGCUACUCAAUUCUCUUGUCUUCUCUAAAUUUGUCUUCUCUCUGUCUUUUCCUACCCCCUUCUUUCACUCUCUUCCCUCGUCUCUUCAUGCCUCGUCAUAUUCUUUCUCGGAACUCUGCUAUACAAAUACGCAAGAAGCUAUUGAAUCUCUAAUUCAAUUUUUCAAUUUAAACACCAAACACCCCUCCCCCCACAUUUAAAUUAAUUUUUUUUUACAACAUUCAAGGGUUUAAGCUAGAUAUCUGUUGUAAAAUUUGCUUGAAACUCUGCAGAGUUCAUUACAAGUGUGAUUCUGAACCAUAAAGGAAAAGUUCAAUUUUUCUAUAUUGACCUGGAGGCCAUUUCAUAAAGCCGUCUGUACUGGUGACCUUUCCUUGUGCAGAGUGAGAUAACUCAGUCAUUUCUGUUUCAACAUGAUAGCAGUUUCUAUAUUUACCAAUUAAAUCUUGACAAAGAAUACACUUUUUAUCAAAAUACAUCAUAGCAAGUAUGUUGAUAUAUUAAGAUCUUGUGUCAGUUUUAGCCAAUUCAGAAUACAAGUUAUUGAUAUUCAGAUUUUGAAGGAAAAAUGGUCACCAGUUCUGGAUCAAUUUAAUUUCUUAUCGAACAAUUGACAUAAAAAUGAGUCCUUUGAUAACAUUUUCAUAUCAUGAUAAUAUACAAGACACUCAUAGUUGACAAACACUGAAAUACCACAUUACAACAUGGAUUUUUCAUUUGCUCUCAUUUAUUCAUUUUCCAAAAGUAUAAAAGUAACUAGAGACUAUAAAAUGUUCCAAAAUAUUCUUUAAAAUUUUCCCAAACUCAUGACCUCAUAAUACUAAACAUUUGUCUGUUUAUUUUUUUUCUUACAUUCUUUGAUUCCAUGUGCAAAACUUUGCAAAAUUUUCAAAUAGAAUAAUCACUUCUUUGUGAAUAGCUAUCAUUUUUAUUUUGUCUUAGUGACCUUAAAAAACUAUUAUGUUGAAUCAUUCAAGAAAUUAAAAUUUAUAAUUUAAAAUUUGAUAAAAAAUCAUCAUUUUCACCAAAAUGUAAUGAUUUCAUUUCAUUUUUUUCUUUUCAUAAAAAUAAAGUUUAAAAAUAUUGUUCAAAAAGUGAAUGAUACUUCAGUAUUAAUUCAAAGAAAGAAAUCAAUGGUGAUCUGAACAACUCAAGUUAUACCUCAGUUCAUACAAAUCUCUUAUAUCAUAUUAAAUUGUUUUUUUUUUCUUUUUUUUACUUUUUGCCCUAAUGAAAAUUAGUUAAAAAUCAAGACACUGCACAUCAAACAGAAUUAAUGAGCAUAUACUAAAAUUGAGCUCGAUAUCCCAGUCAAUCGUUUAUGACAUUUAGCAUUCUUAAAAAACUAAUUUGAUCUGUAAAAAGACUGUAAAGCUACAUUGGUGUUGAGAAUUUAAUUCCAUCUACUAAAAGUGAGCUCGUAUUUACAUACAAGGACAUAUGUAAUAGGCAAAUACAUGUACCUUUGAAUAUAAUGUUCAACAGUUUUAGACUACUGAUAGAUGAGAAUAUCAUUCUCAUGAUAUCUUUAUAAAAUAAUUACUACAACCACAAUCCCAAAACAUUUAAGAAUUAGAAUUUUGCAAAGAUA